AUGGCCCACAGGCCGCGGGAAGUGCUUUCCAAGGUCGAACGUGAUGCGCUUAGAGAACUCAAGGCCGACAAAGACCUGGUCAUCGUGCCAGCGGACAAAGGACGCGCCACAGUUGUACUGGACAGGACAGACUACCUUCAAAAAGCCAAAGGUUUACUGGAGGACCGACAGUUCUAUGUCCCAUGUGCAACGAACCCCUUAAAGGCGCUGACACACGAAAUUAAUGCUACGUUGUUGGCCUUGGAGAACUCAGGUGCAAUAACACCGACAGACAGACGCAUGGCGAGACCCCAAGAUACGGCUUUGGCCCGAUUCUAUGGCCUCCCUAAGGUGCACAAAGACGGCGCUCCUCUCCGACCCAUCGUGUCGCUCAAAGGGACUCCAACGUACGGACUGGCUAAGUGGCUGUUCCGGCGUCUAAAGUUCCUGACCGCUGAGUCAGACACCACGGUCUCUUCGUCAGCACAAUUCCUGGAGAAACUCAAAGGGGUAAGCAUCCAUCCAAAUGAGGUCAUGGUAGCUUUUGAUGUUACAUCCCUUUUUACUUCUAUUCCCCAGGACCUGGCGAUCGAGACAAUUGAACUGCUACUACAAAGCAAAUACGAUGAAACGGAGAACCGUCUUGGACACGCCCAAAUCCUUCAGCUCCUGAAGCUCUGUCUCAGGACGUACUUCACGUUCGUCGGGACAAUCUACGAACAGGUGAAGGGCACACCAAUGGGUUCGCCGAUUUCGGGAUUCAUCGCCGAGGCGGUCCUGCAACGGUUAGAGUCGCUGGUCUUCCAACACCACAGACCGAAAUUCUGGGCCCGGUAUGUGGAUGAUACCUUCGUCGUCCUUGAACGGGAUCAGAUGUUGACAUUCCAAGAACAUCUCAACGCCGUCUUCCCGGACAUUCAAUUUACGAUGGAGGAGGAAGAGAACAACCAGCUGGCCUUCCUGGACGUCCUCGUAUGCCGCAAGGAUUGUGGUGGACUAAAGACCAAAGUGUUCAGGAAAGCGACGAAUACGAUGCAAGUACUGAACUUCAACAGUAACCACCCAAUCAGCCUCAAACGCAGUUGUGUAAGGACGCUCUAUCGGCGUGUCGAAACGCACUGCAGUGAGCCGGAAGACAAAAUUGCUGAACUACAAUACCUCCGACGGGUCUUCAAAGCCAAUGGCUACCCGCGCAACUUCGUCGACCGGUGCAUACGCAAAAAGGACGAAAGGCCUAACCGCACGGACACCAAGUCUUGGCGGGCACUUCCGUAUGUCAAGAACGUUUCGGAAGCUGUUGGCCGCCUUCUCACACCACUUGGGGUUGGAGUGGCACACAGACCGGAGGCAACCAUCAGGCGUCAGAUAAUGAAACCGAAAGACCCAAUGCCACGGCCAGAAACGUCUGGGGUCGUUUAUCGGAUCUGGUGCAGUUGCGGACAAAGCAACUACGUCGGAGAAACCGGAAGACAGCUCCGAACGAGAAUGGUCGAACACGCGGCAGCGGUGCGCAGAAAUGACGCCAGCUCUCAAAUUGCGGCCCAUUCGACGAGAUCCGGCCACACAUUUAAAUUCGAUGAGGCCGAAAUUCUCGCAAGAGGUGACAACUGA